AGACUCAAGGUUUCAGGCUCAAGACGCAGCCGCCGGGUUGAUGACAAUGGCAGUGGUGUGAGAUGGGAUGGUACUUCUCUGGCCACACUGGUGAGCUAGAUGUAGCAAGCCCUCAGACGAGCGAAAGCACCGGUAGUACAGAGAGUCAGGGAAGGAAGUAUUUCCAAUGCUUCUGGUGUCGCAGUGGACGCACCCCAAACGACUCGAGUGAAGCUGAUGCAUCAUGCAUUUCGGUUGCAGACUUUGUGAUCGACGCCUUGCACGGUGUGUCUCAAGUGUGUUUCUUUACGAACUCCGUGGCAGGAGUUGUGUUUUUAGUCGCUGUCCUCUUCGGGACACCGCGACAAGCAGUCAUCCUAGGCUUGCUGGGUGUCCUGGUGGCAACAGCAACGAGCUGGUGCUUCAGCCUUGACUCAGCUGCCAGGAAGGAUGGCACCUUGGGUUACAAUGCUAUGCUGGUGGGCUGCGCCUUUGCCUUUGCCGUACCUUACUGGUGGAGCGUCCUUGCUACACUGGCGUUGGCCAGUCUGAGUACCUUUGUGGCUGCCGGUCUCCUGAAGAUUGUGAGCCCGCAACUCACCUUGGCCUUUAACUUCUCGGCGCUGUCCACGCUGGCGGUCAUUCAUCUCAUCGAUCAUGGCACAGCAACACCAGCAGCCAUUACCUGGAACAACAUUUUGCCACAACUCAGUACCAUGGACUGCGUGACAGCCAUUUUGAAUGGAGUGUCGCAAAUAUUUUUUGUUACCAGCCCAAUCUCAGGAUGUCUCAUCCUUUUCGGAAUUGGCUUUGCUGGUCCCUUUAUGACAUUCAGCACACUUUUGGGCUCAACGGUGGCUACCUUAGGAGCUGCUAGAUGCGGAGCAGAUAUCUCACGGUUUCAGCAAGGCAUUUGGGGUUACAAUGCUGCUUUGACAGCUUUGUGGAUCUCAUUCCACUUCAGAUCCCUUGGAUAUGUUGCAGUGUUUUUCUUGGUUUGUUUCGGGGCUGCAGCUGCCACUGCUGUCUUUGCUGGAAUGGAUGCGGUGGUUGCAAUGACACACGGCUUUGCGCCAACUUGCUUCACGCUGCCAUUCAACGCUGUGGGGCUGUCCUUGGUCGCAAUUCAACGUUUCAUCCAGGGAAUCCAUUCCCUGACAAAAGCCAAGUCCUCGGAAUGUACGGAGCAAUGCUAGGCUCUGCCAGGCCGGCAGCUGGUUGACCUGUGCUUGAUAGCAAUUGGCAAUUGGCAAUGUGAUUCUGAAAAAGAAGAAGUAAUGUGAUUAUUUGCUUGGCAAGAAUGACAAGAAACACCUAAAAGAGCAGAUGUUUCGAGGGGGCACCCUACGUCCCACUGAGAUGAUUGUAAAUGUGCACCCACCAAAAGUGUGUGGAAAGAGGGCUUGAUGCGCUUGGCAUCAGGCUUGCCGCUGGACAACAGGCUUCGUUUGUGGCAGGGCUGAU